AUGGGUAUCGUUCGUAGCCGCCUGCACAAGCGCAAGAUCACCGGUGGAAAGACAAAGAUCCACAGGAAGCGCAUGAAGGCUGAGCUUGGUCGCCUCCCCGCGAACACAAAGCUUGGUCAGCGCCGUGUGAGCCCUGUCCGCGCCCGCGGCGGCAACUUUAAGCUCCGUGGCCUCCGUCUUGAUACCGGCAACUUUGCCUGGAGCACAGAGGCCAUCGCCCAGCGCGCACGUAUUCUCGACGUUGUGUACAACGCCACCUCCAACGAGUUGGUGCGUACAAAGACGCUCGUGAAGAACUGCAUCGUCGUUGUGGACGCAGCCCCCUUCAAGACGUGGUACGCCAAACACUACGGUAUCGAUAUUGACGCCGCAAAGAACAAGAAGGGCCCACAAAAGGUUGUGGAGAAGAAGAAGUCCAAGAAGGGUGCUAGCACCGCUGUUGAGAAGUACGAUAUCACAAAGGCCUCUGCUGUGCUGAAGCGCAAGUGGGCAUACCGCCGCAAGCACCACAAGAUCGAGAAGGCAGUCGCUGAUCAGCUUAAGGAGGGUCGUCUGCUUGCCCGCCUCACAAGCCGCCCAGGCCAGACCGCACGCGCCGAUGGUGCCCUGCUCGAGGGUGCGGAGCUGCAGUUCUACCUGAAGAAGCUUGAGAAGAAGAAGCGGUAG